UUGGAAGGCCACGAUGUUGAAAUGGGGACCGCAGCGAAGGUUUGAAAAAUCGUAGCCGCCAAAUCCGCCUUCGGCCUGCCAAACCAAUCGCACACCCUAGCCCACCCAGAGCCCGUUGCUCGCGCUGCCAUGGCUUCGCCAGCCAAACUCGACAUCCGGCCGUCGGUUGCUGAGGCCCUCCGACUUCUUGAGCAGACCAGCACGGCCCCGUCCCGGCCAACACUGCUCCCCGUCUGCAUCACCGUGCCUUCCGAUCUGCUGACGCCGUCGGCCAUCUAUCUGAAGCUGUCCAGCGGUGCCACGGCCGAGUACUCGUUCCUGCUGGAGAGUGCCGCGGGGAGCACCGAGACCAUCGGGCGGUACAGCUUCAUCGGCGCAAACCCGAGGAAGGUGCUCGCAACCGGACCGGGCUACGAUGACGUCGGCGAUCCGCUGCGCGCCUUGGAGGCGCAAUUGGGCCAGGACCGAGUCGUCAGCGUUCCCUCGCUGAGGCUGCCCAGCCUGACCGGCGGCGCCGUCGGCUACAUCUCGUACGACUGCAUCAAGUACUUUGAGCCCAGGACGGCCCGGCCGCUCAAGGACAACCUGCACAUCCCGGAAGCCCUGUUCAUGAUCUUCGACACCAUCGUCGCCUUCGACCACUUCUUCCAGGCACUCACCAUCGUCACUCACAUGCGGCUCCCUCAAACCCCUACCGACGACUUCCAAGCAGCCUACGAGCAAGCCUGCGUCACCAUCCGUUCCACCCUCGAGCUCAUCCAGCAGCCCGAGAUACCCCUUCCGCCCAAGAAGCCCGCUAAGCCGGCCUCAUCACAGGAGUACUCGUCCAACGUCGGCCGCCACGGCUACGAGUCGUUCGUCACCAGCCUCAAAUCCCACAUCAUCAAGGGCGACAUCAUCCAGGCCGUCCCCUCGCAGCGCUUCUCUCGCGGCACUUCGCUGCACCCCUUCAACAUCUACCGCACCCUGCGCACACUCAACCCGUCCCCUUACCUCUUCUUCCUCAGCUGUGCCGACUUCCACAUCGUCGGCGCCUCGCCCGAAUGCCUCAUGAAGACCGACGGCUACGCCCCGCUGCCCGUCGACACGCGCUUCGCCUACUCGGAGGCCGAGCAGGCGCGCUCGCUCUCGCGCCCGCGCAUCGUCAACCACGCGAUCGCGGGCACCAUCCGCCGCGGCGCGAACCCGGCCGAGGACGACGAGCUGGCCGCCGAGCUGCAGGCCAGCACCAAGGACCGGGCCGAGCACGUCAUGCUGGUCGACCUGGCCCGCAACGACGUCAACCGCGUGUGCCACCCGUCCACCGUCAAGGUCGACCGCCUCAUGCGCAUCGACCGCUUCAGCCACGUGCAGCACCUCACCAGCGAGGUAUCGGGCCUGCUGCGCCCCGAGUGCACCCGCUGGGACGCGAUGCGCAGCAUCUUCCCCGCCGGCACCGUGUCGGGCGCGCCCAAGAUCCGCGCCAUGGAGCUGAUCUACGACCUCGAGCAGGAGAAGCGCGGCAUCUACGCCGGCGCCGCCGGCUGGUUCGCCUACGACGUCGUGCGCGUGGACGAGAAGCGCGGCGGCGAGCUCGUGCUCGACGAGGGCCAGAUGGACACGUGCAUCGCCAUCCGCACCAUGCUGGUCAAGGACGAGGUCGCCUACCUCCAGGCCGGCGGCGGCAUCGUCUUCGACAGCGAGAAGACCGAGGAGUGGAUGGAGACCAUGAACAAGCUGGCCGCGAACCUGCGGUGCAUCGAGCUGGCCGAGCAGUACUACGGCGAGGGCGGCGGCGGCGGCAAGUCGGUGCAGGAGAUCAUCGAGGAGGAGAGGCGCAAGGGGGACGAGUACUAUCGCCUGCAGACGCUGAGCGCCGGGGCGUAGAAGGCUGGUUGGUGGGACGGAAAAAGGGCUCUGAGCAACAGCAUCUGGAAAUCAAUGUGUCUCGUCGAGGAUUGAUCCUCCUCCAGAAACUCAAAAACCACUUCCCAACUGACCGGCCAGCACGCCGUCACAACUGGAUGUGAUAUAAUUGUCCAGUCACUCGAUCAUCGCUUCACCACGAUGAUCGGAACGACGCCGGCCCGAACUGGAGUGACUACUGAUGAUCCUGACACACGCAGGGAGCUCAACCGUUGGAAGCUGGAAUCAACUCGCCGGCGUCAACAGGUUGCGGGCAUGCCAUCGACUGCGGUAUGUCUGAUCUGCGCAAUCCCCUGCCGCUCUUUUCCCUGUCGACAGCAGAGACAACCACAUCCUGC